GUGGAUUCAUGUGUUGACCAGCCCAAUGCUUUUUCUUUCUUCUUUCUGAGAGUGUAUGAUGUGUGGAGGGAAACAAAUAUCCAUUUAUAUGUAUCCAAGGAAGACAGAAACGUAAUCUGGUCAUUUGCCUGUGUCGGGGUAUAAUUAUGUGCAAUCAUUUAAAUUUAUGUAAUGCCCUGGAAGUCACAUGUCGUUUUUCUUUCUCUUUCUCUCUCACACCCCCCCCCCCCCUCUCUCUCCCACCAGCCCUCACCCUCUCACUCUCUCUCCUCUCUCUUUUACUCUCCCCCUUUCUCAUUCCUUCUCUUCUAUUUUUUAUUUCACCUUUGUAUGUACCAUCUCUCCCUUCUUUUAUUUCUACCUCUCUUUUCUCAACUGCUUUAGUUCCCGUUUUUCUUCUACAUACUGUACUUCUAUAUAAUAAUUUCAUGCUUGUUUUAAUACUUUGAUUCGGGGUAAUUAUAGUAAUGUAUUGUAUACGCUAUUAUGUUAAUAUAAUCUAUGUUAUUUAUGUAUGUCCUGCUUGUUCUGUUACUCAGAUAUGUCCUGGGCGUUCCUUUCUUCUAUGUUUGUAUAUAUUUUAUUCCUUUGUUUGAACGAUUUGAAUGUUAAUAAAGUGAUGAAUUACUACAACACGGGAGCAACAUUUGCCAUUCUCCAGUCAUCUGGGAUAAUGCCUUGAUGGAUAGAUGCUUUAAAGAGUAUCGUAAGCGCUGGGGUAAUCUCAUUAGCAGGUGUUUUCAGUAAUCUGGCAGAAAUUCCAUCUGGGCCUGUUGCUUUAUGAGGAUCAAGUCCGGAUAGCAGCUUAUUGACACCAGUUGCAGAAAUGUCAAUUUCACACAUGGAUGGAUGAGGACUAUCACCUUUAUCAGGGAUGUUGGUGAGACACUCAUCCUUCGUAAAGACUGAUGCAAACUGUUGAUUCACAGUGUUUGACUUCGAGGUGCAGUCAGAUUGGAUGAUUCCAUUUGAUGACUUCAACGGAGCAACACCAGCUGUAUCACACUUCUUACUCUUGAUAAAUGACCAGAAUCGCUUUGGGUUGCUCUUCGAGUCAGGAGAUAUGAUAUUCCUGAUGUAGUCAUUAUAUGCCUGUUUACAUGCAGAUCUUGACUCUUUCUUUAGGGCUCUGUAUUUCUCGAAAUCUUCCUCGGUACCUGUUUGGCUCCUUGCCCUUGCAUACUGGCGCUUCUUUCUUCUUGACAAGCGCUUCACUUUAGUAUUUAUGUUGAUCUUGGAUAUCAAGAAGAUUAGGUUUUAUGGACAACCACAUAUCAGAGAUAGAGCUGUCAGAGUUAAAUCUGGAUGUUAAGGACUGGCUGAAGGAUAUGCAUUUCUCUUUCAUCUGACGGACUUCUGCUCGUUUCCAGAGGUAAAUCUUUCGCUUAACAGGUUUAGUCCGUUGAGGUGUGAUGCGGGAAUAGACCAUUACAAUAUCAUGGUCACCUAGACCAGGGAGUGGUUUGCAUUCAGAUACCAAGGAAGGCCGAAUAGUCGUGAAAAGAUCGAGUAUGUUCUCAUUCCUUGUUGUAAAAUCAACCAUCUGUUAGAGGUUACAACUAUGAAUCAUUUCAAUGAAGCGUCCACUCAGCCGUGCAGGGGUCCGUUGACUGUCUGAAGUUAGGGUUUCCCAGUCAAUUCCUGGUAAUUUAAGAUCUCCACCGAUCCAAAUGAUAGAGAGAGCAAACUGCUUCUAAGUACGAAGUAUCACUGGAAGGAGGUCGAUACAGGGCACUAAUCACAAGAGAUUUGCGUCCACUCAGUGAUACUUUAAUGAAGACAUUCUCACAUUGGACAUCACUAGAAAGUUGUUGAAAUGAAAAGCUGUCCUUUAUCGCAAUGAGAACACCACCACCAGGCCUGUCUUGACGGUCCCUUCUGAUGACAUUGUAUCCCACUGGAAAUAUUUCAGAACUGUGCAUUUCUGGUUUUAACCAUGUCUCCGUUCCAAUUAUGAUGUCAAUAAUAGACACAUAACACCUACAGGUCUGUAUGCGUGAAGAAAGCGGAAGAUGAUGUUAUAAUUGUAGAUUUAAGAAUUAAUCAUUAAAUAUACGUAAUUAUAAACAUCCAAGAAUAUUAAAAAAUAGAUUUAACUUAACUUAGUUACACAUUCUGAAAGAGGUGGGUUUUUAAUUGUACUUGGAAUUGCUCAAGCUGGGUAGUAUUUUGUAAAGUCGGUGGGAGAGAAUUCCAUUGUGUUGGUGCAGCUUUCUGGAAAGCCCGAUCUCCUUAUGAUUUGGUCUUGACAGUAAUUUCAGAGAGAAGAUUUUGUGAACCAGAACAGAGAUUACGCCUGGGUUUAUGAACUUUAACAAGUUCUUUAAGAUAAGCAGGGGCAAUACCAUGUAUACAUUUGAAUGUUAAUAUGAGAAGUUUAUAUUUUGUCCUUUAUCGAAUGGGUAGCCAAUGAAGGUCAGAUAAGAUAGGGGUGAUGUGUUCAAACUUUCCUUUUUGAGUUAUAAGUCUUGCAGCAGAAUUUUUGAUAUGUUGUAAUUUGUCAAGAAGUGAUUCCUGUAUUCCAAAUAGCAAACUAUUAUUAUAUAAGUAACUUAAGAUGAAGGCAUGUACCAACUUUUCUGUUUUCCUAUCAAGAUAUUUUCUAAUUUUUCAAUAUUUUUGUAGCCAAAUUGCUGCAGCCCUACAAAUAUUGUUAACAUGGGACUUCAUUCCUAAUUCAUUCUCGAUGAUUAACCCUAGAUCCCACGCCUUGGAGACAGACUGAAUGAUAAAACCAGUGACAUUUAGAGUUGAAACAUUAUUUGAGUCUCUGUGACGAGAUGUUAUAUGCAAGAUCUCAGUUAUAAUUACAAAUAACAAAUCUAAGUUUAAAAUCAAAGAAAUUAGUUUGGUCACUACAUGACAAAUAACACAUUUUGACAAAUAUGUUCAGAUGCUCACAAAAAUUUAUAGCAUCCAGCACUGUUUCCAAAAACUCUGAAGAAUUUCAAGUAAAAAUCUGAAUUUCCUUCACAUAAAGAUUUGUCAUUCUUCUUCAAGCUACACUGCCUCCUUCAAUCUUGAAGAUUCUUGCAGUAUUGUAGUACCGGGGACCGGCAGGUGCAAUACACCGGGUGAACACCCUACUCUUUAAUGAAUAGUGUAUUGGUUUUAACGUGCAUAGGUUGUGACUCCUAUACACGGGACCAACAUUUGCGUCCUUUCCGAUGGACGGAAUGUUUUCCAACUGCAUUCACACCCGCACUGAACACAGCGGUGAGGCACGCUAACACACAACGCAAGCAUCAGUUUCUUGUUAGACGUCUUCCGGCAUGCUGCGGGACUCAAACCCACGCACGUUGAGAUCUACGAUCUUAUCCGGAACAGGCGCUCUAACCGACUGAGUUACACUGCCUUUGCUUCCCCUGCAGCUCCGCGCUCUCCUGCGUGCCACGGGCGUUGAUCUGAUGCUUCCUUCUUUCUUUAUAUUUCCUUAUAAUUCUUUUAAUUCAUUGACUUUACGCUUUUCGCUUCGUCUUGAAUUGAAUUUGAAUUUAUUCACCUUUCCACAGAUAGGUUCUGCUGGACUGUGAGGAGCGUCCUACCUUCCGUCUUAAUCUUGUUUCAACUCUGUUGUUCUUGUUUUCGAGUUGGUUGAUUGAUUCCUUUGUUUCAAUCAAUCCCUUUGUUACUAUUGUUCUUGUGAAUUAAUUAUUUUUAAUUAAAAAGAAAAUUUCUUAGACCUUGUCUUAAAAAAAAAUUUCUUCGCAAGAAUUUUUUUUUCCGGUCUUCCUUUUCAGGAAAGUAAGUUUUUUACUUCUUUCUUUUUCAGGUCAGCUGCCGGUCUCCGGAUACUUCCUUUUUUUUCGACUUCUUGUCAAAAAAAUUAUUUUUUUCUUAGCUGAUCCUGUUCUUCGUCUUGGACUUAGAAAAUUUUUUGAACAAACUUCAACACACACACAAAAAAAAACUCGUUUUUUCUUUUAGGUGCUCCCUUCUUUUCCUUUCAGGAAUUUAGCAAGAGCGUCUCUCCUUGUGUUUUCUUAACGGACAAAAAAAAAGAAUAAUACAUAAUAAUUUUCGUAAUUAUUAUUGUUUCUUUUCUUGUGAUAGUACCUUUCUUGUACUUAUCCUCUCAGAGAUAUUAAAUUAAUUUAAUUCUCUUCAGUUUGUUUUGAUCUCUUAAUUUGUUUGAAGUCUUUUGACUUCAGGGUUCUGUUUUUUUUUACCCCUUUACCCCCAAUUUUCUCUGUUUCUUUCUACUCGCUACUAGAUUCAGAUUCUAUGUCAGCAUGAGCCUCGCGGAUUCUUCCUUAGACGAGCUCAACAUGGCCGCUGAAGAGGUGCCUAACACUGGAGUAGUGUUUCCUAUCAGUGCUAAUGUAGAAAAUAACAGAGAGACCCCUCGUGGGCUCCAACAAGGGUGGAACCGUGGAUCCAAGUCCACGUGCCCAUGGGGGUGCAACCGUGGAAGCGCGUCCACAUGCCCCACAGAAAAAGGGUGGAACCGUGGAACUGCGACCAAGUGCCCGAAAAGUGAUAGCCAAGGUAUCCGCGUCGGAACCUGAACCUAUUUUGGGGAGCAUCGUACUAGCUCAGAAAACUUUGACUCCUCCAGGGCUGUCAGACCCACCGGCUAUCGGGUCACCUCAAGACCAGGGGGAGAGCACGGGUCUCUCUUCCCGGCAACGUCUAGGCUUGAUGCCGUGUCAGACUCAAGGGAGCAUCAGCAAAGGGCUACCAGCCCCUAGUCACAAGAGACUUUGUAGUCAGAUUCGGCGGACCUUUCUUCUCGGUAGGUAAGCCCCCCGGGGAGAGCUAGGUUGAAGAAAUCAGGGCCCGCCCUGUCUCUUGCUCCUUCUUCUGCUCCGCUGUCGGAGCCGCCAAAGAAGAAGAAGAAGAAAUCCUCGGCCGUAAGCCCGGCACCUCAGGGCGGUCCGUUUUCACGGGCUCCUGCUUCUCUCGGGGCUCCGCCCGGAGAGGAGACGUGGGUCGAUUCCCCCCCUCGGGUGGCGGAACAGGCUUUAUCGCAGGAUGAUUUCAUCCCUGAUCCUCUGGGUAGCCUGGCUCCUCAGCCCUCUGUCAGCACGGCCCAGGACGCCAUAGAAAUCUCAAAGAUACCUCCCACAUAUCUACCCCGCCAACGAGCAGGUAGAGGGAGAAAUGGAUUCCUUGUUUUUCUCGCAGCCACGCAAGACCCCUCAGGAUAUUCCUUUAACCAAGGAUUUCAGGCUGCGUACGAGAGGGCGGCCUCACAGGUCAGCAAGCCUUCCCUGGAUGUGUUCUCCCUUCACUGGGGGGGUCGGAGGUGCUAUGCGUUUCCUCUCUCCCUGGUGAUGAUGCUCUCCUUUCUGACACUAGGCCGAGAGCCCAUGAUACUAGAAGUAUCGCUACUUCUUGGGUUGUUUUCAAUGGAGACAUCUUAGGAGCCGCCUUUUGGCAUUCUUCCAAUUCCUUCACUUCCUUUUAUCUAAAGGACAUUCCUUCGGGAGAGACCUUGUUUGCCUCCUCUGCCUUUAAGGCAGCGUCCUCCGUGUCUUAAUCUCCCUAAAUUUUGCGCCCUUAUUUUUCAAGACAUGCCUCCUUUCACGUUGAAUCCGUGUUGGUCUAGCAAAUCAAAUGAAUAUAUCCCAGUUAUUGACAGUAAAUUAUGAAAAUACUUACCAUGAUUUUCUUAUUUACGAAAUAACUGGAUAUAUUCAUUUGAACCCUCCCACCUGCGUGGCAACAUGUCUUGCGUUCAGGCUCAUGAGAGGAAAUGGACGCCAAUUUGCGCGAUGAUCUUGGGAUAGUGCGUUCAUAGGGAGAUGCAGUGCGCGCGCAGGAAAAUCGUAAUGAACUAGCAAACCAAAUGAAUAUAUAUAGUUAUUGCGUAAAUAAGAAAAUCAUGGUAAAUAUUUUCACAAUUUCUAGAAAAUUAAUAAAAUUAAAAUGUGCAUAAAAUGCACAAGCUACUCAAAUACAAUUUUUGUCUCACCUGCAUAGCAGAGUGAGUCUAUAAGCGCCGCUUUUCGGACGGCGGCGUCAACAUCAGUUUGCUCGAUUCCCACACCUUCGUUAUUGUCAGGAAGCAAAUUGUCGCGUUUGGGUCUGUGGAGUCCUUCUGGCUCCCCUCUCAGACUUUCCUUCUUUUCUGAAGAUAAAGUUUGGUGUCCUUUCUGGGCUUUGAAAUGCUGUCUCAAUUAGACAGAGUGUGUUCGUAAUUCUUCCGAUGCAAGGCCGAAGGCCCACGAUACUAGGAGUAUCGGGUCGUCGUGGGCCCUUUUCCAAGGUAUUCCACCUGACGAUUUUUUGAGGGCCGCUUUUUGGUGUUCUGCCAACUCUUCAUGUCUUUCCUUUUGAAUGACACUCCAUCUGAGGAGGUGAAAUUUUCCUCCUCAGCCCUGAAGACAGCGGACUCCAUGUCUUAAUCUCCGUAGUUCUUUGCGUUCUUACUUUUUGCUUUAGACAUGCCUCGUCUAGCAUAAAUCAAGUAGAUGUUUCCUAGUUAUUGAAGUAAAUCUUUAAGAAUACCCGAUUUUCUUAUUUACAAGAUAACUGGAUACAUCUAAUUGAGUCCCUCCCACAGGCCCCUCACCUUUCGGGGCAACAUGUCUCAAUGUCACAGGCUUAAUUUGAGGAAGAUGGAUGUCAGAGUACAUUGAUCUCUGUAGUAAGACGCACAGGGAGAUGGCGCUAUCGCGCAAUAAAUUUUAUGUCUAUUGUUUCGGUGUGCGAGUUGAUUAGCAUAAACUAGCAUAAAUCAAGUAGAUGUAUCCAAUUAUCUUGCCAAAAAAAGAAAUUCAAGUAAGUAGUUUCAUGUAUUUUCAAGUGAGAACAAAAAAAACAGUAUCCUUGAAAAUGUAAUCAGCACAACAAGAUUCAGAUCAAAGAGCUAAAGGCUAGUUUUCAUCUUUGUUGAAAAAAUACAUGUAGCUAUAAAUGUACGUGCAAUGGCAUAAUGAUAAAUGAUAAAAUGAACAAUAAAGUAUUAGUUCUAUUUAGUACAUUGCUCUGCUGACUGGAUUUAAUUAUGUUGCAGUGAAAUAAAAUAUACUCCAUUAAGUUGUAUUUCAGAUGAAAAUUCAACUUAAAACAGUAAGUCCUUUCAAACAUUAUAUGUAUCAAAAAAAUUAUCACUGAUGUAAAAUUAUGGAUAGAUACUAGUCCAAGAAAUAAUUAAAAAUACAAAUUUACAUGUUUUAACUCAUGUUUCUUUUUAUUGUUUUGUUAGGAGCUCUAUCACCAGUCAUAUAAUCUGAUUGCAGUGAUGUUUGCCUCCAUACCAAACUUCAAGGAGUUUUACACCGAGACUGAUGUCAAUAAUGAGGGUCUAGAGUGUCUGAGACUACUCAAUGAAAUCAUUGCAGACUUUGAUGAGCUCCUAUCAAAGCCUAAAUAUAGCUGUGUUGAGAAAAUCAAGACCAUUGGUAGUACAUAUAUGUCUGCGGCUGGUCUGAAACAGCCAGAAUCAGGAGUCAGUACCAAACAGUCUCUGUACUAUGUAGGAGUCCUUACUGAGUUUGCUAUGGCUUUACAGGAUAAACUAGAACAACUCAACAAACAGGCUUUUAAUGACUUCAAACUCAGGAUAGGUAUUAACCAUGGUCCUGUUGUGGCUGGUGUGAUUGGAGCAAGAAAACCCCAGUAUGAUAUCUGGGGAAAUACUGUCAAUGUGGCAAGUAGAAUGGAUACCACUGGAAUGAUUGGUGAAAUACAGGUACAGUAA